UCUCUAGACUAGCACUCCAUUAGCAGACGACAAGCCAUUUCUGUAGUGCUGAGGUACUUGUUUAUUUUUAGCCACGCGUAAGGCACUUCACAACCGGAUCGUGGAAUUGAAUCAAAGCCUUUACAUUUCAUAAGCGCGCGUAAAAUGGCAAGCCUUACAAGUGGACAAAUCAACACGGCGGACGAAGGACCGAGCGGCAAGUUUUCCAUUUCAAAACGAGGCAACGCAAUCCUGACGUCUUCCUCUUCGUUGAACACACACGUCCAGGCUGUCCUAGCAAACUCUUACGACCCUGAGCUAAACGCUAACGGUAUUGUAAAUCUUGGCAUUGCAGAGAAUAAACUAUGUGAGGAUCUGAUGGUUGAAAAGAUGAAAUCUAUCCAGUCCCAAGUCGAGAGCACAGCUUUGUUUUAUUAUGACGUCAACCAUGGAAACGCAAGCUCAAAAAGAACAGCAAAAAAGUUUAUAGAAACUUUUUUUCAGCCUCUUGAGGAAAUUAUUGAAAGCAAUAUUGUCAUCAUGAAUGGAAUGACAGCAACUUUGGAAAAUUUGGCAUUCUCUCUAGCUGAUGCAGGGGAAUACAUAAUGGUGCCAUCUCCCUAUUACUUCCGCAUACAAAAUGAUGUAAAAGACAGGGCAGGGGUAAAUGUCAUCAGCAUACCAAUACGUUAUAAGGAGGAUGAAAAUGGUGGCAAAGCAUCUGAGUGUGUCAUGAAUUCUGAAAUUCUUGAAGAAUAUUAUCAACAAGCUGUCUCUAAGGGUCAAACUGUCAGAGCCAUCUUGUUGAGCAACCCGAACAACCCCAAUGGAGUAGUCUUCUCAGAGGAUCAGCUGCUGGAUAUUUUACAAUUUGCAUACAGCAAAAAUGUACAUGUGAUUUCCAAUGAGAUCUAUGCUUUGUCUGUUUUUGACCCUGAUGUCAAAUUUACCAGCAUUCUCUCCCUUCCCCACCCAGACCCAACAAUGGUGCACUUUACAUGGGGAUGUAGCAAAGACCUCGGCCUGUCAGCCUACAAAUACUCCAUGGUAUACACAAGAAACCCUCAAGUCUUAGGCUGCUGUCUGGGCACUUCCCCCUUUACAACAGCAUGUGGAAUUACACAGAGUCGAGUUCUCUCUAUUCUCAAAGAUGAAAACUGGCUCUCCCAAAUUUUUCUUCCAACUAAAUACGAUCGUAUGAGAAAAAGAUACCAGGAAACGGUUGACUUUCUUAGAAAAAGUGGAGCAGAAGUCAAACAGACCGGGGCAACAAUGUUUGUUUGGAUGGACCUCAUCAAGUUUAUGAAAGAGCAAACUUUUGAAGAGGAACAUAAUUUAUUCCUGAAGUUUAUGGAGAAAAAAGUUUUUGUUUUACCUGGCAGUGUCUUGUAUAAUGAAAAACCUGGACUGUUUCGAGUGGUCUACACACUAAAUGAGAAAGUACACAAAGAGGGUAUUCUUAGGGUUGUUCAAGUUUUACAAGAGCUUCAGGAUGCAGACUCUAAUGGUUGACAAAAAUAAUUGACAAAAAAAUUUUUACCACUAUAAUUUACAAAAAACUAUUUGACAAAAUAUAAUUGACAAAAAUAAAUUCUUUGAGAAAAGAACA